AAGAGAGGUCGACUGGGUUUGCUUUCUUCCGCUCUGCUGAGUGCUGAGAGAAAUACCUGUGGAAAAAAAAACCAAACAAAAACGAGAGAGAGAGAGAGAAUGUGUCCUGCCGCUGCCGCUUGUCUCUGGUCAUCAACAGCACCCUUCUCCUCCUCCGUCUCUUUGAGAGGCACCCGUCUCAUCCCCAUUACCAAUGUCACCCCUCUUCUUCAGUCGGCGGCAACCUUUCCCUGCAUCGUUGCCAAGACCGUCACCCGCAAGAAGAACCGCGAUGCUCGCCAUCAGCGCGUGCGGAAGAAGGUAGAGGGUACACCGGAGAGGCCAAGGCUAUCCGUUUUUCCGUUCCAACAAACACCUAUAUGUCCAAGUCAUUGAUGACACCAAGAUGCACACUCUUGCUUCUGCUUCAA